CGCGGUUCGGUCCGAGGAGGCCGCCAGCGCUGCGAUUCCGCUUCCGGUUCGCGUCGGCACCUGCGGCGAGGGCGAGCGGCCAUGGCGUACUCCACGGUGCAGAGGGUGGCCCUGGCCUCGGGGGUCGUCCUGGCCGUGUCGCUGCUGCUGCCCAAGGCCUUCCUGUCCCGCGGAAAGCGAGAGGAGCCGGCGCCGGCGCCCGGAGGAAAAUUGGGCCGAUUUCCACCUAUGAUGCAUCAUCACCAAGCACCCUUAGCUGGCCAGACCCCUACAGCUCGCACCCAGAGGUCUCACCUUGCAGAGGCCUUUGCAAAGGCCAAAGGAUCAGGUGGAGGCACUGGAGGAGGAGGAGGAGGAAGUGGAAGAGGCUUGAUGGGGCAGAUUAUUCCAAUCUAUGGCUUUGGGAUAUUUUUAUACAUACUGUACAUUCUAUUUAAGCUUUCAAAGGGGAAAACUGCAGCGGACCGGAAAUGCUCUACUGCCACACCUGGAGACACCUACAGGAAAAUUACCAAUUUUGAGCUUGUUCAACUGCAAGAAAAACUCAAGGAGACAGAGGAAGCCAUGGAAAAAUUAAUUAAUAGAGUGGGACCUAAUGGUGAAAGCAGAGCACAGACUGUGACUUCUGACCAAGAAAAACAGCUCCUGUAUCAGCUCCAAGAAAUCACCAGGGUCAUGAAGAAAGGAAGGUUCACUGACAGGCCCACUCCAGAGCAAGAGGCUGAGGAGGCCCCUUACAUGGAGGACUGGGAAGGUUACCCUGAAGAGACUUAUCCAAUUUAUGACCUUUCAGAUUGCAUCAAGCGUAGGCAAGAAACAAUCCUGGUGGAUUACCCGGACCCCAAAGAGCCCUCUGCGGAGGCACUAGCUGAGAGGAUGGGAGUGCUGGAAGAGGCAGACCAUUUGGGUUGGGAAGUGCCCGCUGACAGCAGAGCCCAGGAGGAGAAUUCUGUUACUUCAUAUGACCCAGAGCCAGAAACAUGUUCCUGCUGUCUUCACGAAGAGGACCCCACGGUCUUGGUGGAGAAUGCUGGAUUCUUGGCAGACAGUUACAGUGAGCAGGAGGACACCACCCAGGAAGCGUGGCCCCAGGACUUCAGAGAUGAGGGGCUGGGCAUCAGUGCCGACAGAGCGUGUGUUGGGGACACACUGAGGAAGCGGAGCCCCCAGGGUUUAGAGUGAAAGCAGCCAGUUUGGUGAAGUAUCCACUACUCUGGUCUCAAAGCGACCUUGCUCUCCUCUCUAGAUUUCACCCUUGGCCCUGUACUUCCUUCUGUGUUUAAAUAUUAUAGCCAAUCAGGUCACUACCAUGGAUAUCAUGUAUCCUCCCUGGUGCUCACACACCUGUCACCUGCACAGCAUCAUAGAGAUGAGUAGGAACACAAGAUGGCUUAGCUCUUUCUCUCCCUGCCUUUCCUCCACCAGAGAACUGAUCCACUGAGUAACUGUUUGCUCUAUCAUAAUUACAGAUAGGACCACUCAGGCAGAGGUUCGACUCCGUGCUGGGAGUAACAGGUGGUUUACCUGUGAAAAAACAUCAGCUUACACAUUGAUGAGGACUUAAGGUUGCAAGAGUGAAGAUUUCAGAGUCUGAGAUGCCUUAUUCUCUGGGCCUCGAGCAGGUUAGUGGUCCCCUGAGUUCAAGAAAAGAACAUUUAGUUUUGGGGGAUGAUGGAGCCAAAGCAGGACUCUGCUGUCCGAGCUGAAGUCCCUUCCUCACAGCAAGGGCCAGAGGACUCACACUGACCUGAAAAUGGGCCCAGCCUGGAUCUCUAACUUCCUUUAUCCCUGUGCUGCUUAAUAGAACUGCUAAACCCACCUCUUGGUCUCCAGUGGCCAGAGGAAGCUUUAGGUGGAGACUUUAGUCCCAGCCCUGCAGAGCCACGGCUUGAGGCUGCAGGAAAGCCUGCCCAAGGGUAGUGGUCCUGCUGUGAGAUGCUCACAAGGCCAGUGAGGGGAGUGAGCCAUGCAUUUUUGGACAGCCCUUGCCUCGAAGCUCUUUCGGGAUGUUGUGCCCUCUGCGAAGUUGGUUUCCCAACCACAUGCAUUGAGACAGAAAUGAGGACUGAACUUGUUGACAAAGUGCCGGCCCAACAGGGAAGCUGCAGGGUGUGUCUGCUGCGGAGAACCAGUGCAGUAGUGCCCAGGGGAAGAGGCGUUCAUUUGCCUGUGUUCAGACAUCUGGGUCCUCUGAGAGAGCUGGGGGAGUAGGAAAUAGGUUAGGCCUGGGAGGAUCUUGACCAAACUACAGGCCUGAUCUCAAAGCUGCCAUCUGUGUUCUUGAGACAGAAUGAAUGAACCCAUUUCCCGUGGUAGACCCGAGGGUUUAAAGAGGACGCAUUCCCGCGGACACUCCCAGUCAUGAAAUUUGGAAGACUUGAAAAUUAAGAAAUUAUGUAAAGGCAGAUAUGGCACAAGAUGCCAGGAACAUAUUUAAUCACACAGCCUGCUGUCAGAAGGUAUGGGGUCAUAUUAAGAUUAAGUUCAGCUACUAUUAGGCACUUAUUGUUAGUUAAUGAACUGCAGUCAUUGAAGAUUGAGUUUAUAGAAAGCAUAUUGCAUCUGUCUUUGGGACAUUUGGUUCAUUUGUAACAGAUGCAGUUUAAAAUGUACUGAAAACCAUCUAGAUGUAAUGCUCAAGGUAAAAAAUAAUGUAGGUGCUCUACUGUUUCGAUAUAUUGUUUUCCAUGUUA